GGCUACAGUGUACUUCCCGAAGCAUGAGAACUAUUUGAGACAUCCGGAUAAUAAGAAUGGAAUAAUAUUUCGACUAAUUUAUGAAAAGAGGACGUCAACACUCAUAAGAUUAAUACAUCGAGAUUUAGCAUCGCUAAAGUUCGACUCGAAAGGUGGAUUUCUUCAUCGCUGACAUCAGUUGAAGUUGUGUUGUCCUAAUGGCUGUGAGCACCAAUCCUCUUCUGUUUAUAACUGAAUGUUCGAGGGAGUUGACGAAAAAAAUAGCUGGAGAAAGUUAUAGUUUGGAUUCCUAUUAUGCAGAAUCAUUUGAAAAUGAAGAAAUCACUAUAGUCACGGAAAUAGUUGAAGAAUAUUUACUGUAUUUGGAAGAUGAGAGUUCACCAGAUGUAGUAAAAUAUAAUAUGAAAGUCCUGGGAAAAAAAUUUGAAAACCUUCAAGAAGAUGCAAAAUCAAACGACUGGGAUUCCCAGAAAACAAAAAAUGUGUUUCAAGAAUACGAGAAAGAACUAAAACGAAUACACAAGCUUGUCAAGAAAGGACGCACAGAAAAUCCUGGAAACGAGGAAUAUAGCGAACUUCAACAUGACUAUCUCGAGCUUGAAAAGAAAUGUCACCACACUAAGAGAUCUUGUACGGUUAUAUAACGUUUCUAGAUUCAUAGCUGAAAGCAAAUUAACAGUGUUAGAUUAGACAGAAUAAACAGUGUCAGUGUAUUAAUUAGAUUUUUAAAAAGUUUUGGAAAUGUAUAUUAAGAAAAUUCUAAAAGCGCUAUACCGUAAAAUCGUAUCAAUUUUUUCAUAAUAUGAUCUUUAUUAUACAUUGUUGUUUAUGACUUGAGAAAU